AUGUCUUGUUUGGCUACCUCUGGUCUUGGGUUUGUUGUCUGGCCAUGUCUACCGUGGUGGGCGAGAAAGAACAUGGAAGGACAACACUGUGUCGUCGACGAGCGACGCAUCCAUGCACUCUCUGGUUGGAUGAACAAGGACGACAAGUGGAUCCCACUUGACAGAGUGCAGGACGUUAAUAUCGUGCAAGGGUGGCUCGCAGCCUGUUACGGCGUUCAGAAUAUCGCGAUUCAAACCGCUGGAUCCGGAAGUCAAGGCCCAGAGGCAUACCUCAUUGCCGUCAAAGACGCUCAGGGAGCUAGACAGCACAUUAUACGGAUGCGAGACGCUGUUGUGCACGGAGGAGCAGGUCUGGCUGCUGGGGGUGGUGUUGACUCGACCAUAAACUCCCAGCCUGCGGGGAGCGCUGCCAUGCUGAGAGAGCUCACUGCGCUGCGUGAGGCAGUGCAACGAAUUGAGAAGCGUGUUGAGGCGGCUACAGCAAAAUGA